AUGUGGACCCGGAGAUGUGUUGCUACAACCUGGAGAUUACAUCAUGUCAAGUUUCACAACAAUGCACAGAGUCAAUCCAAUCUGGAGCAGAUACCAUCUUCUCUAUUAGGAAGAGUCCCUCUUGAUUCUCAGGAUAGGAAGCAGCUGGAGUCUGGCGAAAUUAGUUCCAUACAAUCAAAAAUCAGAGAAAGUGUUCAUACAGACACGUUCACAUGCGAGAGAAUACUCACAAAUGAUCCCACUCAUCACGAAAGAAAAAAUCUCACACUUCAAGAGGUACUGGCAGAUUUGAAAGAAUUGAAACAAUAUAAACAGACCUUAUCAAAAAAUAUCCAGAAGCUAAAAGAAAACACCGGGAAGCUAGAAGAAGACACCGGGAAACUAAAAGAAAACACCGGGAAACUAAAAGAAAACACCUGGAAGCUAAAAGAAGACGUCUGGAAGCUAAAAGAAGACACUCGGAAGCUGAAAAACGACAAAAAGCGAAGACACGCUGGUGAGGUGGUUAACAUGAGAGAUCAAUUGGCUCAAUUAGUCCUCCCUCGCAAGGAAAAUCAACAACGCAAACAGCAGGUACAUGAUCCAAAAGAUAUGAAGGAUACUAAAGAUGUUCGAAAUCGGUUUGCACAUGAAAUUGAUCUUGAGUCAACAUUCGAACAAAUAGCUCUUUACGACCAAUUUGAUAUCUGCUGCAUCACAAUCUUUGGAGAAACACAGAAUAAAAUCAAAGAAUUGCUUACAUGGGAUAAGGAUGGAGAAUGUGAAGUUUACAACAUCUUCAAUGAGCACGGCGACGCUUGGCACAAUCAAUUCGCCAAUACCUGUAUAGAGCCUUUCAAUAAAUGGUUGUCAGCAAUAUACGCACUCAAAGAAGCCGAAUCAGUUAUGUUGGAGAACCCAUUUUCCUAUUCCGAAACUCGCAUUCAGAAACAAAAGAAUGGGAUCAAGGAAGCAAUUAGAGAAUGGAAUGAAACCUUUAUGACGGAUAAAUCAAAGAGAGGAAAGAGAAGAGGAAGAUGCCGCGAACUGAUUAGGAAGGAUUACACAGACAGAGGAUUGAUGGAGCAGAUAAGAGCAGCUUUAUUACAUGGUGUGACUUUGGUUGAAGGAAGUGGCGAGAGGAAGGAGACCGAGGAGAAUAAGGAGAUUGAGGAGAGUAAGGAGAUUGAGGAGAGUAAGAACAAUGAGGAGAGCAAGGAGAAGUAA